AUGGAUUAAACCAAUUCUAAUCUCAUUAUAAUUGCUCCAGAACACUCUUACUCAAUCAAAUUAAUUUAGUGUACAUCCUUGUUUUAAUAAUUUAGAUUUAAUAAAACAUUUUAAUAAUGAUGAAUUAAUAUUUGAUAAGAUUGAUGAAGAACAUUAAAAGAUAGGGACCUAACUGUAAUAAUUGGCAUCAAUUUAAUAGUUUAAUUAAUACCAAAUAUUAUACAUGUGAUGUAGAUUUACAUACAAUAAAAUACAAUUAUUUUAAUUAAGUAAAUGCUUUGGAAUAAUUAUAAAAAAUUAAAGUAGAUGGUGUAAUAUUUAUUGUGGAUGCCAAUAAUAUGAAUGGAUUAGAUUAAUUUAUUAAUUUGUGUGAUCAAAUUUUAAAUGAAAUAUAACCUGGUCUAUAGGCUAUUAUUUAUAAUAGGAAAGAAGGAGUUAAAAUAAACUUUGAAUUAUUAGAGAAUGAAGAAAAGAAAUUAGAAAGCUUUGUUGAAUAAAUUUACUUAGAUUUAGAAAAUCCACCAAUUCAAUAAUAAAUUAAAUAAUUAUCUGAAUAAUAGGAUGAAACUCUUGGAUUUCCUAGAAUUAUAGAAAUAAUUGAAUGUAAUACUUGGACAUAUAUGAGACCCAAAUCAUAAGAAAAGAAGGAAAAUAUUAAUAAAACAAAAGUGAUCUAAAAUAAAAAAUAAGGUCUUGAUUAAUUAGAAUAUGAAGAUGAUCAAUUUGCAUAAUUAAUACAUGAUAUGACCAAAAUUAGGUAUUUGAUUAUAUAUAUUAUGUAGGACUUCAAAAAUGACAGAUGAGGAGAGAAGAGAAAAAGCUGCCAAUUUAAUGAAUUAAUUAAUGAAUAUGUGUUAAGAUGAUGAUGAAGAUGAUUUAUGA